UCCCUCUUAAGAGCGCCUGCGCUGCUGGCCACCCGCCGGCAGGUCGCAGCUGUUGGGGCCGCCCGCCCGUUCGCCAGGGCCAUGGCUUCCCCGGCCAUCGGGCAGUACCCUUACCCGCUGCUGCUGGAUAAGGAACAGCAGCUCUUCCUGCAGAGCCUGAGCGCCAACGAACGGAAGAAGAUCCUCAAGCGCUCCGCUUCCAAUGACAUGAAGCAGCCGCCGCUGCCGCCGCCAAGGCGGAGGCAGCCGCAGGAGCAAGAAGAGCCGCAGCCUCCCGCGCUGCGGGGGCCAUGUCCCAGUGGGGCGCGGACGUAGGUAGUGGGCAGGAGAAGGACGGUCUGCUGGCCGCCAAGGCGGGACGCACCGAGGCUCUGCGCCCUACGGAGAGCCGCGGAGCUUUGCCUUUCGCCUCCUGCCGCGGGAGGCCCUUCGGGGGUGCAGUGGAAGCCGAGCGUGAGGCGCCCGUCGGGCAAGCGGCUGAGGACGGAGCUGAGGUUCGCGCGCCACCCAUCCCUCCCAGAGAAGAGGCUGCGCUCGGGGCUCACUUAAUACCCCGGGAGCUGCCCGCUUCCCCCGGCCCCGCGGCUAAGUCUUUCCGCUCCGGCCAGCAGCACCAUCACCACCACCAACGGCUGCGGCUGAGGUCCGGAGCUCCUCGCCUCCUGCCCGACGUGCGCACCAUUUUCGAGCAGCCGCGGGACCCCCGAGUGCGAGAGGAGAAGGGAGAAGGGCACCGCUUCGAAGGCUUCACUCUCUGGAGGGGCUGGUGCGACCUAUGCGGGGAGGCUGUGCAGCAGCGGGCGCUCCGCUGUGCCAAUUGCAAAUACACCUGCCAUCAGGAAUGCAGAAGACUCAUCCAACUGGAUUGCAGCCAACGGGAAGGAGAAACCCACAACAAGCCUUCACCAGAAAAUACCUUAACACAGAACUAUUACCAGAAUGUAACAAAGACAGUGGAAGAAGCAAAACCCAAACCACCUACUAUCCAAGAGCUGAAAGAGAUGAUUAGCAAUUACAACUCAAAAGUCAACAAUUGCUUGCUGAUGAAACUGAAUGAUGAUGGCACUUAUACCGGUUUCAUUAAAGUGCACCUAAAACUGAGGCGUCCUGUGACAGUCCCAGCAGGGAUUAGGCCACCAUCUAUUCAUGACGCUCUCAAGGAAGUCAACUUAGCUAACAUGACAGAGAAAAGAACAUCAUUCUAUCUACCCUUGGAUGCCAUCAAACAGUUACAUAUCAGCAGCACAACAACUGUGAGUGAGGUGAUACAGGGACUUCUGAAGAAAUUUAUGGUGGUGGACAACCCACAGAAAUUUGCACUUUUCAAGCAGAUGCAGAAAGAUGGUCAAGUUCUUUCCCAGAAGCUUCCAGUCACAGAAUGUCCUUUGUACCUCCGGCUCCUAGCGGGCCCUGACACGGAUAUUCUGGAUUUUGUGUUGAGAAAUGAAACGGGAGAAGUUGAGUGGGACAACUUCUCCAUUCCAGAGCUACAGAAUUUUCUCGUAAUACUAGAAAGAGAAGAAAAAGACAAAAUCCAGCAAGUGCAAAAAAGAUACAGCAAGUUUAAACAAAGACUGCAAGAGGCCUUGAAGGAAGCCAAUGGGAAGCCCGGAUAACCAAGUUUGGCUAGUAAAAAAACUCAAUUUUAGAGUCUAAAUAAUGAGAUAUAUUUAAAAGAAAUAAAAACAAAACCGAACAACAACUUUUUCUUUCUCAGGACACUUUUCAGUUUGGUUGUAAUCCAAGCUUUGCUUAGAACUGGUAGUUACAGAAAGGGAAACUGACCCUCUAGUACCAGAAGUGGUGGCUGCUUUUCCUUCUCCAUGGUCGUACUGCCUGGAAGCUCUGCAAUGAUGCUGAAUGUCUACUUUAUUGGUUGGUUUAUUGUACACAUGUUAAGGCUGGACUGAAAUGGCUAUCUCCCCUUCCUGCCAUCCUGAUACCUCACCUGUGGAUUUGUGUUAUGUGCAGUAGACAUGUUUAGUAAAUGCGUUCUCUGUGGUCAACUCAUCCACAUAACCAUCGGCAAACAGAAGAACCUUAGUCUGAAAUAAGUGAGACACAUUAUAAAAAUGCCAAACGUAUUGUUGCACAAGAAAAGCGAACUGAGCAAUUGCCAAGGAAGUGGCAGAAUAUCGGCAUGACUUCAGGAAUGGCUCUGGACAAGAGAAAGAGUACGUUUCUGAGAGGGAAAAAAAAUCUCUUUGAUUUUAGGAUUCUGAUAUAAAUAGAGUGUAGCAUAGCCCUUCUGUUGGAACCCCUUUUACCCUAAUGCGGAACAAGUUCUGAAGGCUUUGGCAGCUGAUUGUUAUAUUUACCUUUAUUAAUAUAUGUUGGAAGCAUUAGUCACAUGUUAUCCUAGAAUUUAUGUGAAGCUUCUGAAAGGAAAUAAUCUUGGGUGCUAUUGAUACUCAAUGAGUUGCAAUUUGCAACUGCUCAGCUUACUGGCUCUUUCACUUUGCAGGGUCAUGUCACCUGAUUAAAGGUGUAAGUUCCAAAUAGCUGGCUGCUCCAUUUGUUUUGGAAACCUGAACUGGAGAAAUAAAAAGUAAAUGUGACAACAGAAGAAAUAUUAUGAGAAAUGGGCAAUGCGUUUGAAAACAUGGGCAUUGUAUAACUUCUUAUAGUUAUACAGAAUUUCCUGUUUGACUGAAUGCUUCUGAUGUAGUUGCAGGUGUAUGGGAACAACUUCUGAAAGAUGAUCUCCUGUAUUUGGAACCCGACUCUGAAUUAUGCACACACUUACAAUAGGGAGGGAUAAAUUGGGAAUAUAUAUGGCAACUUUGGGGUAGUCAGGCACAGCUUACAAAUGUAUUGGAUUGUCUCGCAUUGGAGCAGCUGGUAUGACUGGCUGCAGUUUGCUAGAUGAUGUAGGAUAUGAGGCAUUGUUCUCCUGUUUAUAAGAUUGGUUGAGACAAAUGAUUUUAUAUUUUUCCUUCCCCACCCUUUUCUGUGUGUAGUUUCAACAAGAGUUCAUUGAGUCAAACUAGGUUUCAUGUAUUUCCCCUUUAAGGGCUAGCUCAAGCAUGCACUUAACCCAGCGUGUAACUCUUGUCUCGGCUGACUGAGCAAACUCCAGGCUCCCUUUCCUUGCUUUGCAAAUACUAGCCUGUUGUUUAAAACAAACAAGAACAUUUUUCUUACAAUAAUUUGAUAAUUAAGCCAGUACCAAGACUCUGAUUUUAUUAGGCCAAGAGUUUAUCUGUUGUCAGAACCUGACAAGCCUUCUUUGAAGAUUCUUUAAGCAUAUUGGGAGGGGGGCAUAUGAAGGGAAAAAGAUAUUUCCAGCUCUGGCAUUGCAGGGUUAUGUAUAGAGGUGUACCUUGCAAUUAAAAGAAAUUAAAUGAAACAGGAAAAGCAAGGAGCAAAUUUAACUAGUUCAUGCUGAAGCAAAGCUACACACAAACUUCCUCAGGACUGUAGAAAUGGUUGAUGAAACAAAAAAUGUGAAACCCCAGGAGUUUUUCAUGUCUGCAUAGUUGAGAAAAGGAAGAGUGAAGCCAGUUUCGUUAAGUCAUUAAAGAUCUUCUCUCCAAGAGGGAUAUUAUAUAUACUGUUUUGUUUUCAUCAAAGAGGGAGGAAAACUGUCUCCUGCUCUUCCCUUUGGCAUGUCUUGAACAUUUCUAUAGAAGGCAUGGCUUCUUAUGCAAUUGAUGUUAAUGCUGCUGACUAAGCCUCCUGUAUAUAGGCAGGUGGUUGUUUUUUUUUUAAAUAUUAUAUAGCUAGGGGCAUUAAGCUGAGGAAAAAGAAGAUGAAGCUUAGAUUGGGAGAGAAUGCAGAGCCAUUUGAUCUGUGGUAGAACAGAAGCCUUAGAUGUGGAGGCCCCUACUUAAAAAGCGCAGACUACUGCUAGCAGUGCCUUUGUUUAGUAUAUUAUGUUGCUUGCAUCUGUUUGUGUGUGUGAGUGUCUAUUUUUGUUCAGAAUGGUCAGCUACAAACACAUUUAUAGUCUGUAUAGAAUGGAAUUAGUGAAAGUGUUUAUGUGGGCAAAGUAAAUACAUUUUUGCAAUGCUGUAACUUAUUUUUACUACUGUUUCAGCCCUGUAACUUUUUUAAAUGUCACCAUCUGACUUUUUUUAAGUUCCUUCUCAAUUUGGUUAUAUGAUGCAAACUGUGUAAGAAACUAUUAAAAAUAAAGGAUAUCUGAUAUAAAGAA